AUGAUCGAGCCGACAUUCUCGUACCCUUUGGAAAAAAUUUACACCUGUACGAAUUGCGGCAGAGGUUACGUUUCGAUGAGUAAUUUAAACAGGCAUCUUAGAUUCCAAUGCGGAGUUCAUAGGAAGUUCAAAUGUCCACUUUGCGCUAAGAAAUUCGUCCUUAAACAGCACCUUAAAUCGCACUUGAUCAGUCAAAGUUCACCGAAUCCGACUCCGAGGUGCAAAAAAAAUUACGACUUCGAAGUUGAUUGGGAUGGGUAUUACAUUUGUCCAAAUAAAUGCGGACGCAAGUAUAAAAUAAAAGGAAGCCUUACCAAACAUUACACUUUGGAGUGCGGAGUCCAACCUCAGUUUCGUUGCGGAAUUUGUUCCAAAUCGUUUAAGCAAAAAGUUACGUUGAAAGCACAUCUCGUAUCUAUUCAUGGAAAAAAUGGCGACGAAACUGGUACUGGUCCAACUACGUAUUACGCUUGUCCCAAUAAAUGUGGUCGUAAAUAUAAACAUGUUGGAAAUAUGAAAAGACACGCCAGACUGGAAUGUGGUGUUGAACCUAAAUUUCAGUGCGAUGUUUGCGGAAAGAAAUUUAGACAAAAAGUACACGAGCAGUCGCACAUGUUGACUCAUUUGAGGCAUCUGUGA